AUGUUGAAAGAUGAGAGCGUGAAAGCGAUCAAAGUAUCCAGAGUAUACGAACCUUCCAUCAUCCCUCAGCAAUCCCUCGCUACACAUCGUAAGGACGACGCUGGGGAGGAUAUUGCUGAGGAUGAUGUAGGGGAGGAUAUCACCGACGAUUUCAUGGAAGAUGACAUCGUAACAAAAGAAAACGAGGAUGAGGAUUUUACCAAGGAAAAAGAUUGGAGAUAUGAGAUUCAUCUCUACCUUAAAGAAGGUACUCUACCUGCAGAUCUGAAACAAGCCAGGAAGAUACAAUCCAAGGCAGGGAGAUAUGACCUCGAAGACGGGGUCCUAUAUAAAAAAUCUUUCCUCGGGCCAUUACUACGAUGCGUGUCAAAACAAGAAGGGCACCUUAUUCUGAAAGAUAUAUAUUACGGAGAUGCAGGAAAUCAUAGCAGAAUGAGAUCGUUAUCGGACAAGGCGAAAAUGCAGGGGUAUUACUGUCCGCACAUGAUAAGAUAUGCAGCCAGGAUGGCCAGAAGAUGUGAAGAAUGUCAACGGUUUUCCAAAAGGAUCCAUGCUCCCACAACAAAGUUUAAUUCCGUAGACAGUCCGUGGCCUUUCUCCAAAUGGGGAAUAGACAUCGUUGGACCCCUGAUCGAAGGGUCAGGGAAAAGAUGA